AGGUUUAACGCACCUUCCUCUUUCUCCCAAACAACGAACAAAGGAAUCAUUUUUUUUUUCAUACCAUCUGUGUUUUGUUCAACCUCAAAAGCAAGAUGCCCAGCAAGACUAUUCUUCUCUUCGACGUGGACGGCACCCUCACACCGCCGCGCAAGAAGGAAACCGACGACAUGAAACAGGCACUGAAGAAGGUUCAUGCCGCUGGCUACACCCUCGGCGUUGUUGGUGGUUCUGAUUUUGCCAAACAGAAGGAGCAGCUGGGAGAGUCCAUCCUGGACGACUUCGACUACGUCUUCUCUGAAAACGGCCUCCUGUCCUUCCACAAGGGCAAGGAGUUCCACCGUAACAGCCUGCUGAAGUUUCUCGGCAACGACAAGGUCAUGGCGUUUGUAAAGCGCUGUCUUGUGCUCAUCGCAGCCUUGGACAUUCCCGUGCAGCGUGGCACAUUCGUGGAGUUCCGCAAUGGCAUGUUCAACAUUUCUCCGAUCGGUCGCAACUGCUUGCAGGAAGAGCGCGACGACUUUGAACAGUACGACAAGCAGCACCACAUCCGUGAGAAGCUGAUUGAGGACCUGAAGGCCACCUUCCCUGAUUACCCGCUGGCGUACUCCAUCGGUGGCCAGAUCAGCUUCGAUGUGUUCCCGAAGGGCUGGGACAAAACGUACUGCCUCCAGUUUGUGGAGAAGGAGUACGAGCAUAUCCAUUUCUUUGGUGACAAGACCAGUGCUGGCGGAAACGACUACGAGAUCUUCAACGACUCCCGUACGAUCGGUCACUCCGUGAAGACGUACAAGGACACCAUUGAGAUUCUCCACAAGAUGGCCGCGGAGAAACCAUGA